AUGACGUAUUUCUGUCAUUUUACAAAGAAAAGUUGGGUGGAGUCAUGCAGUAACUGGUCUGACCUGGUUCGUCUUAUCUCAGAUGAAGCAUACCUUAUACAAGGAGAUAUCCCUCAGCACCAGCCAACAGAGCCACAGGUGCAGCUGGAAACCCAAGCGUUGUGGAGCAGCAGUGGGAUGUUUGCAGUAUGGAUCACUACUCUUCUUCUCAAUGAAGCCAAAGGAAGGGAGGUUUGCUACGGAAGACUUGGAUGCUUUACAGAUAAACCCCCUUGGUCUGGGAUCCCAGGGAGAGAACUGGCAGGCUUGCCCAGCUCUCCAGAAUAUGUGAACACCAAUUUCUUUCUUUACACUAGAGACAACAUCAUGAAACAUCAAAAAAUUUCAGCUACAAGUCCUUCAACUAUCAAAGCUUCCAAUUUCAGGACACACAGGAAAACUCGCUUCCUUAUACAUGGUCAUCUUGCUGGAGCAGAUCUCCCCUGGAUAUCAAAGAUGUGCAGGUUCAUGUUCCACACUGAAGAUGUGAACUGCAUUUUGACUGACUGGAGAGGUGGCUCCAACGGUUUGUACACUGAAGCAGUUAACAACGUCCGCAUUGUGGGGGCUGAGCUGGUAUAUCUGGUGAACCUUCUGGAGAAAGACUAUGGCUACUCUCCUGCCAACAUUCAUUUCAUUGGCCAUAGUCUUGGAGCACAUGCGGCAGGGGAGGCAGGGAGAAGGAAACCUGGCAUUGGAAGAAUAACAGGUUUGGAUCCAGCUGGGCCCCUUUUCCAGUAUACUCCCGCAACGGUUAGGCUGGAUCCUUCAGAUGCAGCAUUUGUUGAUGUAAUUCAUACUCAUGCUGGUCAUCUUUUCUUUGACUUUGCUCCAGGGAUUCUUCAGCCUUGUGGCCACCUGGAUUUUUACCCAAAUGGGGGGAAGAAGAUGCCAGGAUGCAAACAGCUUCGUGUACCUACUGGGAAUCGGAGCAUCAAUGACCUUAUGAGAGAAUAUAGAUCUCUUGGAUGUGGACAUAAAAGAAGUCUCCGGUACUAUGCUGAGAGUAUUAAUACUCCAAAUGGAUUUGUCGGGUAUCAGUGUGAAACUUAUCGAGCCUUUGUAUUGGGAGACUGCUUCCCGUGUCCAAAGGAAGGAUGUCCACUAAUGGGUCAUUAUGCUGAUACAUUUUUACAUAAAACUGAAAAAGAACAUCAAAAAGUUUAUUUAAACACAGGACCUUCCUUUCCAUAUGCCCGCUGGCGGAAAGAGAUACAUGUCAAAGUGUCUGCAACAGAAACCAUGGAGGGAAAUAUAGACGUAGCCUUGACUGGAACUAAUGGGAUCAGGAGAAAAUAUACAGUUGACAAGGGAACUUUCAAACCAGGCAACACGUACUUGAACUACAUUGAUACAGAAAUUUCUGGGAACAUUUCAAAAGUUGAGUUUCUCUGGAAAAAGCAUCGAGGUCAUGUACACAGAGGCUGCAUGGGAGCUGAAGAAGUCACAAUAAUAUCUGGGGAAAACGGAAAUGUGUCUGUGUUCUGUGGCUGUGGAACUGUGCAACAGAGCACAUGGCAAGACCUGGCCCUUUGCUGAGGCUUGGUGAGGAAUGCCAUCAUGUCCAUUGUGGCAGCUCUCACCAUCUGGAAGAGAACACUUCAGUCUGCAGCAAACUAUGAACAAGACUCCUUCAACAGAUCAUUAAAAACCUGCCCAGCCCACUAUAAAAGGUCUAUUUCCAAAUUAGUGUUUUCAGCUUUCAUCCAUACGGGGAUGUAUAGUUCCAGUUACAAUGACAGCUAACACGUAUUUUACUAGUAACACACAUGUGCAUUGUGAUUAUACUUCAGAGCCAAGAGAGAAAAUAGUAAAAUAGGGAAAAUAAAGUCCCAGCCAAUUUCCCUUAGAAAUACACUUAAUUAUCUUAGGAGAAGCAUCCAAAAAAGAAGCGACAAAACCAGGCAAACAA